GCUAGCUUCAGACGGUACGCUGCGUUUGCUACAUAUUUCUGCCUGAUUGAACACACUGGUUUUACGUUCCUAGUUCUAGUCAAGCAAACACAGCGCUCAACAUUUUGUGUCGAACCUUUCGCUGUCGCUGUUGAUUAGUUUAUCUCAAUCGAAUUCUGCAGAUAUCUUAAUCCUGUGGACAAAGUCGGAGGGAGAAUUAGCGGCGGACGGACUAAAAUUGGCAGCAAUGACCAGCCGCUGAGCUUGAGCGAUCGACGGGCGGAUGGGUUGCUUGCCCAGUAAGGAGGGGGCUGGGCCCGACCAAGGGCAACCUCAGGCAGUUCAGACUUCCAGUAAAGCAGCAGAGGAGCGGGCAGGACCUAACGGGGCCGGAAAGGCGGCCAACGCUGUAGAUGCCAGUGCAGUGGAGUUGGAAGACGCUCAGGAGGCGCGAGACUCCGUCGGUAACUUGCCAUCUUCAUUGCAUGCGUCAGCCUCGGACCUAGCAUCAAACUCAGGCACAGCACAGCGAGGGGGGCGAGUGCAGUUUGGAGGCGUCGACGUGCAGACUUAUGAGGCCCCACCAGCACCGAUGGAGGAGCACUCACACUUAUUGUUACAGAGAUCCCUCCCCCAAAUACCAGCUAGCAACGUUGAACUCGAGACACGGGCUGCGGGCUUGAAGCACAUUGGCUUCGGCCCGCUUAAGAAGGAGAACCAGGAUGAAUACUUCUGCCAGGUUGGCGGCUUCGGCGGGCAGAAGGACGGCUGUUGCUACUGCAUCUUUGAUGGCCACGGCAACUACGGGCGCGACGCGGCUCACUUCUGCCGCCAGGAGCUGCCGGUGCUGUUUGAUGCGGAGCUGAGGAAGUACUACGCCAAAGCGGCGGCUGACGGCGUGAAGGACCCCAACGCCAAGGAGCUGAUUGAGCCCAUACUCAGCGACGCCUUCGUGGAGACGGAGCGCAGGCUGCACACGGCGGGCGUGAACGUGUCCAGCAGCGGCACCACCGCCAGUGUGGUGUUCCAGAACCGCAGCAGCGUGUGGGUGGGCGCGGCGGGCGACUCGCGCGUGCUGUGCCUGGCGCAAAUAGACAACCAGUGGAAGGUGCAGCCGCUCACACUGGACCACCGGCCGUCGCGCAAAACGGAAAAGUUCAGGGUGGAGGCGGCGGGCGGGCGUGUGGAGCCCAAGCGGCUGCCCAGCGGCAAGACCGUGGGCGAGCCGCGGCUGUGGCUGGCCAACCUGCCCAGCCCCGGCCUGCUGCUCAGCCGCUCCAUUGGCGACGACAUGGCCACCAGUGUGGGCUGCACCGCGCGGCCGGAGAUCACCUUCGUGGCGAUGCGGCCCUACCUAGACCAGUACCUGGUGAUCGCCAGCGACGGCGUGUGGGACGUGCUGUCCAACGACACCGUCAGCCAGCUGGUCACGGACGCGGGCGAGCCGGAGGCGGGCUGCCAGGCGGUGCUGGAGGCGGCGCUGCUGGAGUGGGAGGAGCGCCUGGCCGCGGACAACAUCUCGAUCAUCGUGGUGCAGCUGCAGUGGGGCGACAUGCUGGCCAGCAACAGCAGUGCCGCCAUGGCCGUGGUGCGCAGCGCCACAGCCGGAAGCAGCUUCCAAACCAAGGUGCUGGCGCCGCCGCAGCCCCAGUCGCCGCAGCAGCAGCUCGGUGGCGGCGCCGGGUCCGCUGGAGGCGCGGGAGGCGGGGCCGGGCAGGCGGCGGAGGCGGAGGCGGGCUCGCCCGGGGGCCUGCCCGGGGCAGCCAACGCAGGCGCUGCUGCGGGGCAGGCGGCUGGCGUGGCCACCGGGGCGCCGCUGCAGUAGGGCGCAGCUGUGUGGCCGCUCGGAUGCGGCGGCUGCAGGUAUGCGCGUGCUGCGCUGGCGCCUGGCGGCUCGUCAGGCACGGCGGAGGUUGGCGCCUGGGGGUCUGCCAGCGGGCCAUGAAGGCAUGCGCAAGCUUGUUUCUUCACGCUUCGACGCGAACCGUUUCGAGGUGUAUGCCCGCAUGUGUGCGGCCUGCAACGCAAUGUGAUCAAAGCACAGGAAUGCAUGUUAAUCGGAAGCGCGACUGUGCGUUUAUAAUGUACAGCAAAGGUUCUGCAGGCAAAAGCACUGCUCGUUGGGGCGCUGCUCGUAGCCGCCAGGCAGCGCACGUGUACGCCGCCUUGUGCCUGUGUCGCUCGGAGCUGGGCCCCCGACCACUGACGUGCUGUCGAGGGUACCGGCAAACGCCAUGACUUGCAUUGGUGUUGUUGCGGCCGGAUGUGGAUGAUGCCGCGACAGCCGACGGCACGUGCACACACACACGUAUGCACGUAUGCAUGGUAAACGCGGCUGCCACGCGAAAUGUGGGCCGUGGCUGUGGAGGCUCCUUCGGAUCGCCUAGAACUAGGGUCCGAGCGGGUGGAUGGAGCUCGCGUGGAGAGGCGCUGGCCGUGUAGUAGUAGGGGGCCUGCAGUGAUGUUGGCUGGUCUCUCGUACGUACUGAGAGUGUGUGGUAGAAGGUUGCUGCUGAGGACAUUGUCUGCGUACGCGCCCCGGUUGCGGGGUCCCUUGUCCCUUGCUCGCAGAACGACCCCAGGCGCCUCGGCCGCGUGGCAAGGCAGCACGUUGGUCAGGUGACGCUGAGGUUGGGGGAUCUGUUGCUUGCGUUGGAACCCCAAAGUGCGGAUGGCAGCAGGGGCAGCACACUGCUCGGCUGUUGCCGCGUGGAGAACAUUUAUCACACGGGGGGUUCAGUAGCGUAUGUUGGGGUUGCGGCGGCGGCAGAGAAGAACGCGGCGGCAACGGAGACGGCGUGCGAGCCUAGGGCAGGCGGGUCAUUCAUGCGGACGGGUCGGUUGCAGGUGCAGUGUCUGCAAGUUGCAACAGCUCGGGGGUGCCUGCAACAGCAAGAGCAAGUGCCGGGCAGGUUUCAUGUGCCGAGCUGGUUUUGAAUCAUGCUCGCCAGUACUGUCGUGGGACGCGGUAGCUACGUAACUCAGCAGGCACAAGCGAGGUUUGGCGUGCGGAGUGGGUGUUUUAUUGCUGCUGACCGAAUGACGGAGCGGAGGCGAUGCGGGAGGCAAUUGUACUAGUUCGUGUGUGCUUAAAUGGUGGACGUCGGUGGUGGGUGCGCUCUGGCCUCCUGGGCGCCGGCACGAGCGAUACGGCCUGCAUGUUCGGGCGAGCGCGCCAUCACGGCAUGCGCAUGCGUUUAUGUUGACACGCGGCAUGUCAUGAAACAUUGAAACAUCGGACGAGUCACGCAAACAGGUUGGGUGGGGCGCGGCGCCUGGACGAGGGGAGUCCCGAAGGGCCCCUGCUAAGUCAGGCGCAGAUCAGAAGGCGUCAAGGCCGCGGUGGUCUUCUGAACACCUUUCCCGUGUCAUGAGGCGCGUGGCAACAAACGUAAUUAA